UAUUUACUCAGUCAAUAACAAUACGUAGUAUAAGUCUCGUCGUCACACGGAAUCAUGUUAAAUCGCAAUUAACGCGACGAAUAUAAAAAAUAUACAUCCGAAAAGGCAUCGAGAUAAAUUCACGCAUCUGAGUAAAUGUUCAAAAUUUGUCAUGACAAAGGCUUAGAAUCAGAGUCAGUUUCAAUUGCCAAAAAAAAAACAUUGCUCCGAACAGUAUAAAGGCGAUAGAAAGAGAGACAAAAAAGUUGUGAAAAACGAAAAAAGUUCGAUAAAUUGUUUGUCUAUACAAAUAAUUUGUUGUGUAUUGUACUUAAUUGCCAACUAAUUGCAGUGAUGAAGCAAUGAGUACGUAGAAUUUCAGUGACAGUGAAAUUUCGGAACACAAAUAGACAGAUUCAGUGUAAAAUUGAAAAUUAGGAACAAAAUAUGGUCGCGACCAAUGCGAUAUGGACAGUAGUAGUUCAGUUAACAUUUUUAGCAAAUGUUGCAUAUUGUUCCGAGUAUUACCUAAAAUUGAAGUCAACCGCACCGGCCAUCGCAGGCGUUAAUGUGACAUUUUUCGCAGACUUAUUCAAAAGUGACGGGUCACGACCAGCCAACGAAAAACUGGAAUGGGAAUGGUGGCUAGAUAGUGGCGACAGGCACACGUUUGAAACGCAAGUGCCAUAUGCCGAAUGGAAAUACCUAUUCCCGAAGACAAACAAAAAUGAUGGAGCUAAAACGUACAGGCUACACGUUACGGCCAGCCGAAAUUAUAUAUUCGUCGAUAUUCCAAUCGCUGAACAAAAACUCGAAGUGGAAAUUACGAGUAUUCUAAACGGUCAGCUCUUACUAACCCAAAAUGGAACGAUACGUGAAACGGACUACAUAUCAAGUGCAACACCGUUGAAUCAAUCGAUUCAAAUCAGCGGUGCCGAUAUGACGAGCAUAGCGAAUGCAUCGUAUGUUUCUGUCUAUUGGUUUGUCGAUUGCGAAUACGUUGGACAGUCGGAACAGUGGAAUUCGUCAAAUUUUUUCAAAAAAGAAAACUCAACGCACAAUAUCGAAGUACUUUUAGUGGCGUCGUUUGAGCCUCGACCACAGCCUCAGCCUACGACAACUACUACCACCACCACUACUACGACUACCACGACAACAACAACAACCACUACUCCGUCAACGACAACGUCAACGAGUACAACAACGACGACAACGCCGAAACCGCCAAAAAGAAGACGUCGUGAUGCAGCAAGAGACCAAUAUGCUAAUGAAACAGUCGACGAGUUGGUGCACAAUGGUGAGGUAGAUCCAAAAGAUAUAAUAAAUGGAGCGUAUGUGCCAUCGUCCACAACAGUUCUACCCUCAACACUCGCUCCGAUCAUCGAUCAGCCGUAUGUGUGCUUCAAUAAAUCCAAUGUAGCACCAGAUCCGAAGAAAAUCUAUGGAUACUUUACAAGAAAUGUCGCCGUUCGAAACCCAUUGACAAGCCCAACGGUUUCGGGUAAAUUAUGGAUAAAACGAGAAGAUGGAAUGUGUCUGAAUAUUUCGUGGAGUGGUUCACCGCCGUACGAAUAUUGUUAUACAUACAGACCGGGCCCAUACAAUAAUACAGUCAAUGAAACGUGUACCGAUGAUCAAUGGCAAACGGGAAACACGCCGUGGUUCACAAUAAGGCGUUACAUUUGGCUAGAAUCAUCGCUUACGAUUUUCGUCCAAGUGCGAAAUCAAAUCACAAAUCAUACGAAAAUUAUCACGGUCAAUACAUAUGAAGUGCAAAAGCAAUCUCAACUAUCGGUCAUUGUCGUUCCCGUGGUUUUUAUUCUAUGUGCGAUUGUUGCAAUAAUUUUCGGUGUAGCGCAUUAUGUUCAAACACGAAAUAGGUUCUCAGUUGAGGUGGCUGAUUUCAACUUUGGUGAAUCAUCAUCAAUUGAUUUGGAAUAUAAAUCAUUUGUUCGACGCCUGAUUGACAGUAUACGGAAUGUGUUGCCUCAGCGUCGGCUCACCACUGAAAUCAAUGAAGAUGACUCAUCGCUGCGAUACGGUGUAAUGACAUAAUUAUCGUGCAUCGGGUUGAGCAUCUCACAUUCUACUUGUUAUCAAAUUUCAUAACACUAGGAGAGUUUUGUUAAACAUUUUAAUGCUAAAUUUGUACUAUGCAAUAUCAAACAAGAUUUAAACAAAAUAACAACACUUCACUGGAGUCGUCGCGCACAAGUAGAUAGAGUCAGAUUGAGAUCCAUUUCUGUUUAAAUUUGUGAUAAUUACAAAACAACUAAUAAUUUUAAAUCGAUAUGAAGAAAUUUGAUUAGUUUGAUUGCUUAGAAGCAAGAACUGUUUGGAUAAGCCGAAGGUAUUUGUGAUAUAGUUGAUUGAGAUAGCGGGCUUCAAUGUAUUUUUAAAUUGGAUAAAAUAAUAACAAUAUUAUUCUCGUUUCCAUCGAGCUUCUAACUCCAAUUUUAGACACAUACAUAUUUUUUUCAGUUUUGAAAUUAGAAAGCAAUCUUCAUACAUAUUCACUUAAAAAAUAUAUAUAUAUUAUUCUUUGUUACAAUAUUUAAACCAAAUUAUUUACCCUGAUUUAUGUUUAUUUUACCAAAAUGGAAGGAAAAUUGGAUAUUUAAGUUUUGAUUGUAUGCCGUGACAUACUAGUAGUUGUGAAUUGGAAACUACCCAUAUCGAACGCUCUAUCAAUUCGAUGGAGAUAGAAUUUUAUUUUCUGAAUGACCUCACAUUUUCAAGCAAUUCAUACACAGAUGAUGACAUUCAUUUAAGAUAAAUAAAUCGAAAUAUGCUGAAAAAA